AUGUGCGACGGAGCAGACCACGGUGUUGGAUCGUUUGAGGGCGAAGGCUUUGCAGGGAUGGAGUCAGACGAGUAUGACUUUCAGGAAGAUGAAACAAAACACGACAAUCAUGCAGAGGCUGAUGUCGACAAUGGGGAUUCGGUUGAAUUGGAAGACAAUUUGGACGGCGUUGGAGGAAUGUCUGACAAUUAUGCGGAUGAUGACUUGUAUGCUUUUGAUUCCGGCGAAUCGAUAGGUUGGAUUGAUUUUUUUAUCUCGAGCGAGGAGGAGGUUCUCCGCUUUAAUUUUUUAGAUGUUGACAUUGCAUUUGAGUUCUACCAGCAAUAUGCAAAGCACCAUGGCUCCAGUGCGAGACGUUCCAGAAGCGAAAAACGUGGCAAAGUAAAGAUACAGCAAGAGUUCGUGUGCCACCGACAAGGGUACCGAUCCCCAAAGUUCUACUCAAUGCCUAACCAGCAAAAGAAGCCGAGGGCCGAGACACGGUGUGGAUGCCCUGCAAGGAUGCUACUUCGCAUGGACGAUGAAUCAGGACGUUGGCACGUUGCCUACUUUUCAGACGCGCAUAACCACCACGUUCUUGAGUUGUGA